AUGAAAGAUGCACCGUUAGCAUCAGAUAAAGAACCAUAUAAAUGUAGUGACGGCGAAAAGAGUUUUUAUGUACCACCGGAUUCAACGGAUUAUAAUAAAUAUGCAAGAUGUUCCGAAUGUUAUUCAAAGGCAUUACAAAUUUGUCCGAGUGAUUCAUUUGGACGACCACCAACACGAAAAACAAAAUCUGGUGUUGUGCUGUAUGAUUUGGAUGAUUUUCCAUUGAAUGAAUAUUUACUUAAAAGCCAUCAUGAUUUUUCAGAUAAUCGUUAUGGUGGUAUAACAUUUGGUGAUCAAAUCGAAGAUGAUUAUGACAAUCGAAGCCAUGCAUUGAUUUGGUUUAAUAAUAAAGGUUAUCAUGCCUUACCAUCUUAUUUGAAUGUAAUGAAUAAUUUAAUUCUUCGUUCAAAAAUAUCUGAUCCAGUCAUAGCCGGAAAAUUUGGUAUUUCAACAUACAGUCAUCCAUUUACAUUGAAUAGUGAUUUGUUAUCUCAACAAUCUCUUGAACAACGUAUAUCAGAUUUUGGUGUUGCCAUUACUGUUUUAUGUGCAUAUUCAUUUGUGCCUGCAGCGGUUAUUUUAUAUCUUGUGCGAGAAUAUGUAACGCAAGAAAAACGUUUAAUAUUUAUUUCUGGUGUAAAACCAUUAAUUUAUUGGUUAUCAACAUUUAUUUGGGAUUUAACUUAUUAUUUAAUUUUAAUUAGUUUAACUAUGGCUUUGAUUAAAAUAUUUAAUAUAUCAGCAUUUAAUUCACGUGCUACAACAACUCAAGCAAUAUUCUGUUUGCUAUUUCUUUAUGGUUGGUCAUCAAUACCAUUGGUUUAUUGUCUUGUUCGAGUUUUUAAAGAUACAAGCACAGCAUUUAUGGCUUCAUUUUGUCUAUGGAUGUUUACGGGCAUGUUGACAUGUAUAGCUGAUUUAAUGUUAACAUUAUAUUCAUGGGUACCUGGUAUAGUACGUGCUCAAUCCAUUCUAUCACGAUGUUUUCUUAUAUUUCCACCGUAUUGUCUUGGUUCUGGACUUGUCCAUUUAAUGCGUAAUGAAUUAAUGGCAGAUUUUGGUCGAACAAUCGAUGCUAAUCUUUAUGUAGAUCCAUUUUCAAUGAAACUUGUUGGUGAUCGCAUUGUAGCAAUGAUUGUAGUUGGAUUUUUGGGUUUAAUCAUUACCUAUGUACUUGAUUUAGAUAUUCGACUUCCAACUAUAUUUUAUAAAAUUCCAGCACCAGAAACAACUAUUGAUGGAGAUGUCAUGGAAGAACGUCAUAGAAUUUUAAAUGGAACUGAUAAAAAUCUUGAUAUAUUACAAGCAAAAAGUUUAACAAAAGUUUUUCGACGUGCAACUGGUCAAUCAUUAUUAGCUGUUGAUCAUCUAUGUUUUGGUAUAUCGAAAGGACAAUGUUUUGGUUUACUUGGAAUUAAUGGAGCGGGUAAAACGACUACGUUUAAAAUGAUUACUGGUGAUGUUUAUCCAACGAGUGGUGACUGCUUUUUAUAUGAAAAACAAAUACGUAAUCAAGCUCGUGCACAUCCAGGCUCAAUUGGUUAUUGUCCACAAUUUGAUGCUGUCGAUGGCUACUUAACUAGUCGCGAAGCACUCAUGUGUUAUGCGAAACUUAUUGGUAUUGUAGAUCGUGAACAUAUUGUGAAUUCGACAUUAAAAAAAUUUCAUAUGGAAUCAUUUGCUAAUCGAAUCAUACGAACUUAUAGUGGAGGAAUGAGAAGAAAAUUAUCCGUAGCUGUUGCUAUGUUAGGACAACCAGAUCUAAUAUUAUUGGAUGAACCAACCAAUGGAAUGGAUCCUGGAAAUCGUCGUAUCGUUUGGAAUAAUAUAAUUAAUGCUAAAAAACAAGAUAAAGCUAUUUUAUUAACAUCUCAUUCAAUGGCUGAAUGUGAUGUUUUAUGUUCACGUUUAGCAAUUAUGGUUAAUGGACAAUUUAAAUGUCUUGGCACGCCACAACAUUUAAAACAUCGUUUCGGCACUGGUUAUUAUUUAAAAUUACGUCUCGAAGAUGAAUCAUCGAUACAAAUAGCGUCAAAUAUUGUUCAACAAUAUCUUCCAGAUUCAAAUAUGACGGAACGACAUGGUACCAGAUUAGAAUAUAAUAUUCCUAAAUCAUAUACAUUAUCGAAAAUAUUUGGUUUUAUUGAAACAAACAAAAAUCUUAUGAAUGUUAUUGAUUAUUCUCUAUCUCAAACAACACUUGAACAUGUUUUUCUUCGUUUUGCAAGCAAACAACGAGAUAAUUCAAUUGUUAGCCUCGAAGAUGUUCUUGUGGACGAUACAGCAUCGAUAUCAUCGUCAACAGUACAGUCAUUUGUUCAAACGACUGACAAAGCAAAUAAUACAUUUUCACGUCGUUCACCAUCAUUUACACCCAUGCAAAAUGAUAAUGCAUCUCAAACAGCAGCUGAUCUACGAGAACUACCUGCCAUUGACAGUUGUACAGAUCUUGUACUUAAUGUAGAUCGUCCACCGUCAUCAACAUCCAAUACAUCAUCUCAACAGGAUGAUCAUGUCUUUCGAAUAUAA